AUGGCGUGGCAACCGUCCCCAGAGUCUCUCCAGACUCUGGCCGUUUACCUCAAGGACUCCCUGAGCGGCUUUGACAAGACUGCCCAGAAAAAGGCAGAGCUCAUGCUGUCACAAGCCAGGAGCUCCCCAGACUUCAACAACUACCUCGCCUACAUCUUCUCCAGCUCCCAGCUGCCCCCGGGCCUCAACUUCUCCCCCGAAGACUACAGCCUUGUCCGCUCCGCCGCGGCGGUCAUGCUCAAGAACAAUGUCAAGCUUCACUUCAAGCAGAUUGAGGAGUCCUCGUUGAACCUCAUCAAGUUGGCUGUACCCAUGGGUAUCCAGGACAAGGCCCCCCAGAUCCGUAGCUAUGCCGGCAACAUUGCCACGGAACUCAUCAACCGGGUCGGCAUCUACGGCUGGCCCGAAUUCCUGCCUGAGCUGCUCAAGCUGAUCGGAAACGAGUCUGGUCAAGUUUCCCCCGAGGGCCAGGAGGGUGCCAUGGCCGCCAUGGCCAAGAUCUGCGAGGACAACGCGAAGAUGCUGCAGCGCGAGCAGAAUGGCCAGAGGCCCCUGAAUUAUCUGUUGCCAAAGUUCAUCGAGGCAACAAAAUCCCCUCUGUCCAAGGUGCGGGCCCAGGCGCUUACCGCUAUCAACGUCUUCACGCCGCGCAAAUCCCAGGCCAUGCUUAAUUGCAUAGAUGACCUUCUCCAGCACUUGUUCGUGCUGGCCAAUGACCCCAGCGAGGAUGUGCGACGCCAAGUCUGCCGAUGCUUUGUGCAGCUGGUCGAUACUAGGCCCGACAAGCUUGUGCCCCAUAUCAGUGGAUUGGUGGACUACAUAAUUACGCAACAGAAGAGCGAGGAGGAAGAAUUGGCCUGUGAGGCUGCCGAAUUCUGGCUCGCGGUCGGCGAACACGAAAACCUGUGGCAGGCCUUGGGCCCUUAUAUCCAGAAGAUCAUCCCUGUGCUUUUGGAAUCCAUGGUCUACAGCGGCGAGGACAUUGCUCUAUUGGGCGGCGCAUCAGAUGAUGAGGACGAGGAGGACCGCGCCGAGGACAUCAAGCCCCAGUUCGCACAGGGCAAGUCAGCACGCAAGCCUGGCGCUCAACAGUCCGCUGACCAAGCGGAAAACGGCAAUGCAUACCAGAAGCUUGCCAAUAUGGACGAUAAUCUAGAGGAAGGCGAGAUCGAUGAGCUCGACGAGGACGGCGAUGAGAACCCCGACGAGAGGUGGACACUGCGCAAGUGCUCCGCAGCCGCCCUGGACGUUUUUGCCCGCGACUUCAGGGACCCAGUCUUCGAGUGCAUCCUCCCGUACCUGACCACACAUCUGAAGCAUGAAGAGUGGCCGCGCCGCGAAGCCGCAGUUCUUGCCCUUGGUGCAGUCGCGGAGGGCUGCGUCCAGGUUGUGACGCCCCAUCUGCCGGACCUGGUGACAUACCUCAUCUCACUUCUGAACGACCCAGAACCCGUCGUGAGGCAGAUUACAUGUUGGACGCUUGGUCGAUACUCCUCGUGGGCUGCGAAUCUCAAGGAGCCUGCUCAGAUUCAAGCAUACUUUGUCCCUAUGAUGGAGGGCAUCCUACACAAGAUGCUCGACCCGAACAAGAAGGUGCAAGAGGCUGGUGCCUCUGCGAUGGCCAACCUGGAGGAGAAAGCCGGAAAAGUCCUGGAGCCAUACACGGGGCCGAUCAUCCAGCAAUACAUCCGGUGUUUUGCCAAAUACAAGGACAAGAAUAUGUACAUUCUCUACGACUGCGUGCAAACGCUCGCCGAGAACGUCGGGCCUGUCUUGGCACUGCCCCAGCACGCAGGUCAGCUAAUGCCUGCGCUGAUUGACCGAUGGCAGAAGGUGUCGGAUGAGUCGAGGGAAAUAUUCCCACUCCUAGAGUGCUUCUCAUAUGUCGCUAUGGCUAUGAGAGAUGAGUUCGCUCCAUACGCGCAUCCCAUAUUCAGGCGCUGCGUGACCAUCAUCCACCAGAACCUCGAACAGACAAUGGCAGCAAAGACCAACCACAACUACGAUCAGCCAGACAAGGAUUUCCUCGUCACGAGCCUCGAUCUCCUCAGUGCGAUCAUCCAGUGCCUCGAGGACAACAAGGCGCAAGAGCUGGUCAAGGAUGCACAGCCUGCGUUUUUCGAGCUGUUGAACCUCUGCAUGGGUGAUCCUGCAGAUGAGGUUCGCCAAUCAGCAUAUGCCCUGCUCGGCGACUGUGCCAAAUACGUCUACCCCCAACUCCAACCACACCUACCUUCAAUAUUCCCCAUCCUGUUACGGCAACUAGACUUCGACAACAUUGUCGACGAGGAGAUCGAUGGCUACUUCAGCGUUAUCAACAAUGCCUGCUGGAGUGCCGGCGAAAUCGCCAUCCAGCACGGCAAGGGCAUGGCGCCGUUCGUGUCUGACCUUAUGGAGCGCCUGGUGCAAAUAAUGGCGAACCCGACGAUCCCGAUCAGUGUGAACGAGAACGCCGCCAUUGCGCUGGGUAGGCUGGGCCUGCAGAACGCAGAUGCUCUGGCGCCCCACCUGUCAACAUUUGCGGACGAGUUCCUAAGCGCGAUGGUCGAGCUGGACUGCACCGAUGAGAAAGCCAGUGCCCUUAAGGGGUUCACGAUGAUCGUCGCACAGAAUCCGCAGGCCAUGGAGAAGAGUCUGCUGUCAUAUUUCAUGUGCAUCGCACGGUACAACACUCGACCCCCGAGCGACAUCAACAAGGAGCUGCACGAACUGUUCCAGAACAUCAUCAAUGUGUACAGGCAGAUGAUCCCACAGUUCGACCAGUUUACCAACCAGAUGCCGGCCGAGGAGAAGGGGGCUCUGAAGUCCAAAUUCGGCCUGUGA